GCAUUUCCGGGUAGUCUGGCGUGGGCGCGCUGUUUUUAGUCUCCCCAGUUCUUCCUUGGUCUCCGGAACGCGUCUUCCAUAGUCCAGUUCCCAGCCCAGCCCAUCUCCGCCGCGGAAGGUGAGCAGGGAAGGGAAGGGUCGGAAAAGGAAUGAGGGAAAAGUAAGUGCGAGCGCGAGUCCGCCCCCCCCCCACCUGCGGCUCUCUUGCGCGUCCACGAGGAGCCCUGUGAGCGCGCCCCGGAGGAGGAGCCUGAGCGCGCCCGACGAGAGAUGUCCGUUUCUCCUGCGCGUGCGUCUUCCUGAACGGUGAGUACCGAAGAAACUCCUGCUGUGCGGGGCUCCCUGCGUUAGUGCCAGGAAGGCACAACUUUAGGGAAGGUAGGACAUAACCUCAAGGAACUCACGGUUUAGUUGGGGGACUCAUUCAUUUAUCAUGUAUUAAAUGCUUCCUGGGUGCAGACUCCGCUGUACGUAGCAUUUGGGGGAGGGACAGUGCUGAAUUCAUUCUUUCAUGCAUUCAUCAGAGAUUAGGCGCCAGCUGUAUACAGUGUAUACAGCACCAAGCUGGUGCUGAAAGAGAAUGUGAGCCUAAAUUAGACAGUCCCUGCUCUCACGGAGCUCACACUCUGGUAGAGUGGGGUUCAUUGGCCCAUCCGCACAUCCAUCCGGUCAACAAACAUUAUUUCAGUACCUUUUUGGGGGCCGUGGCAGCUUCGCUCGUUGAUAGAAGGACCGAUCUGGAUUCAAGUCCUCCAUCUGACACAUGCCGGGGUGAUGUGGGCAAGUCCCAGCCUUUCAGUGCUCUGAGCAACUAACUCAAGGACUAUAAGUUAUAGACAAGUUGCUGAGUGCAGAUCUGCAGGGGUAGAAAGACUUUCGUCUUGGGAAAUUCCCCAUACCAGUGAAGUCACAGAUUUUCAUCCUUCUUACCCCCUAACUGUGCGGUGUUCUGUGCCCCAGGGCUCAGCACAAUGCCUUGUGGGUAGUUAUCCAAUAAAUGUUUGUUCAAUUAAUUUGGGUUGCUCAGUGCUAGAGGAGAUAGAAACUGUUGGAAGGGACCUUAGACUCUCUGAAACAACUUCAUUUUUGGUGCAGCGCAUAUAGUUUUGGCAUAGUAAGAUAUGAUUUUUGUUUGUUUGUUUUAUUUUAAAAACUCCUACCUUCUGUCUUAGAAUCAAUACUGUGUAUUGGUUCCAAGACAGAAGAGUGGUAAGGGCCAGGCAGUGGGGGUUAAGUGACUUGCCCAGGGUCACACAGCUAAGGAAGUGCCUGAGGUCAGAUUUGAACCUAGGACCUCCCCUCUCUGGGCCUGGCUUUUAAUCCACUAAACCACUUAGCUCAAAGAUAUGAUUUCUAAUUUUAUGAGCCUGACAAGUCAUUGUAAUCUUUUUCUGCUGCUUUUUCCUCAUCUGUGAAAAAGGGACAAUAAUAGUACCCUCAUUUUUUUGCAAACCUUACAGGACUCCCUAAAUCCUAUUAUUUUUACAAAUGAAGAAAGUGAUACCCAGGAAGGUUACUUCAUAAGAACCAGACUCUAUUUUCAGCUAUUCUAGCAGGAGCAUUCAUUCAAUGAAUAUUUAUUAAUGUCUACUAUGUGAAGAACCCUGAGCUUGGUGCUAGAGAUAUGUUUCUUAGAUGAAACCCAGAACCUUCUGUCAAGUUUACAGUCUGGAGAGUGGAGUGAUCACAGGAGUAUGGAAUGGAGAGGUUUUAACAGCUGGAUCUUGGAUCUUCCUCACUCACUCCCCUCCCCCCCAAGAGUCCAAAAGUCCCUGGUAUUCCCUCUCCUACAAAUUCCCUAUCACAAUAUCACAUUAGAUGAAGAAACUACAGAUUUUUAUCCUUUACAUGGUAGCAGCCUUCUAGUAUUUGAAGGCCUUUCAUAUGGAAGAAGGAUUAGAUUUCACUGUAAGAGCAAAGGAGGACAUUAUAGGGCUUCAGUGAAAGGCAAAGCUGGAAAGGUGGGAAGGUGGCAGUGAUACUCUGGAGGAGCUUUGAAUGCCAGGCUAAAGAGUUUAUUUCAAUUGGUAACUAUUAGACUGCCAUGAGAAAUUUAAAAAAAAAUUCUGGGAUAAAGUACAUGUAGUAUCGUUAUCAAAUCAGCAGAUAACCCAAAGUGAGGAGAAAUGUAGGGACAGGACCCAAAAGGAUUUUUAAAAAACUCUUAUCUUCAGUCCUAUUAUCAAUUCUAAGACAAAAGAGCAUUGAGGACUAGGCAAGAAGCACAAGAGCUAGACAGUUAUUAUUAUAAACUUUUUUGGUGCCUUAUCCUCUACCUUCAUCCUUAGGGACUUAGGACAUAGUGACUGGUAGUGAUUUAAGUGACAGCAAGAUACAUAGCUGGGCCAGAAUCACAGAAUUUGAGAAUUUGAGAAUUGAGAAAGGAAUCUCAGCAGCCAUCUAGGUCAACCCAUACACAAAAAGAAUCCCCAUCUCUCUCAGUGGCAAGUUCUUCCUGGAAUAUUUUGGGAAAUGGCUCAGAUCACCCAUCUCUUAUUUCCAGGACUUAGCCAACAUGCCCUUUCAUGCACCUUCUCUCUUCCCUGCUUUGUGGCUCCCUUUUUAUGUAUUGUCUUCCGCUAUUAGAAUGGAAGUUUCUUGAGGCCAAGGGCUCUCUCAUUUUUGUUUGUGAUUUUCUCUUUUAGUCCAGUGCCUGUCACAUGGUAAGUGCUUGCUGACUCAUUGUUGAUUCAUUGACCAACAGAGGAAAGACAGUUUCUGUCAGUGACCUGAAUGCAAAGUUUGUAGGGGAUGGCUCUCUUGGGAAUACUACAGAGUUGGAGUGGGUAGGUGGGUGUGUCUAUGGCAUCCAUCUGUCCUUAUGUCCCCCAGGGGAUCCAUGAAUUCUUCAAAUGGGAGAAUCAGAACUUUUAUAUUCAGCACAGUGGAUGCCAUGCUAGAUGGAGUCAGGAAGGUCUAAAUUCAAAUCCUGCCUCAGAUACUUACUAGCUGUGUGACUGUGGAGAAAUCAUUUAACCUCAUUCACCAUCUGUUUCCCCAUCUGUAAAAUGAAGCUUUAAUAACAUCUCACAAGUUGUUGUAAGAAUCAAAAGAGAACAUAUUUAAAGUGCUUUGCAAACUUUAAAAUGCUAGCUUUUAUUAUUAAACUCCUUUGGUGCUUUAUCCUGGGCACCUUCAUCCUUAGGAACCUAGGACAUAGUGAGUGGUAGUGAUAUUGUGAUAGGAAGUUUGUGGGAGAGGGAGUGCUAGUGCCAGGACCCCUUGGGGAUUCUUUGGGGGAUGAGAGAGGUCCAGAAAGAGUGAGAGGAGGAAUUUCAGAUUAGGACAGGUCUCAUUUAUGGCUUACUCUCUCAGCUCUUGGUGUUCUCUAGGUGACUGUUCUUCCCCCUGAGGGAGCCCAGAUCAGGUGAUAGCAACUGUUUCCAAAGAUGGUCAAGCCCCAGGAACUGGUGACAUUCCAGGAUGUGGCUGUGUACUUCACUCCAGAGGAGGUGAGGUACUUGGAUUCCUAUCAGAAAGCCCUCUACAAAGAUGUAAUGCUGGAGAAUUAUGGGAACAUGGCCUCUCUGGGAUUUCCAUUAUCUAAACCAGUCCUGAUCUCUCAGCUGGAGCGUGGAGAAGAGCCAUGGGCCAUGGACCCAUUGGUAGCAAAAGAAAGAAAGACCCGAAGAGGCACUUCUUCAGGUAAAAAGCUGACUUUAAAACAGAAAUAUACCCUAUUGAGUAAACCCAUACCAGAAGAUUCUAAUAUAAGAAAUGAUAAAAAGGAAGAAAGGAGGAAAAGGAGAAAAAAAGAGGAUUCUUCAAAGGAAGGAAUUUCUGGAGGUAGAGAGUUUCAGAGGGUAAUGCCAGGAAGACACUCUGGGAAUGAACUCACAGAUCCUGAGUUUGGACAAGCCUAUGAACAAGAUGGCAUGUUGGAGAGACUUCCAGAAAGCCCAUCAGGGCAGAGCCCAAGGAAAUCUCUUUCCCAAGAGAGGGAAGUCAAGCUGAAGUCUAGUUCUCACAAGAAAAAUCACACAAGAGAAAAAGGCUUCAAAUGUAAUAAGUUUGGGGAAAACUUAGUUAUGAAAUCAAGCCUUGUUAUACAUCAUAAAGAUCCUAUACAAGAAAAAGGUCAUAAAUGUGAUACAUGUGGCAAAGUCUUCAGAUAUAAUUCAGACUUAAUUAGACAUCAGAUUAUUCAUACUGGAGAGAGACCCUAUGAAUGUGAUCAAUGUGGAAAAACAUUCAAUCAGAGUUCACAUCUUAUUCAACAUAUAAGAAUUCAUACUGGUAAAAAACUUUAUAAAUGUAAAGAUUGCAACAAAACAUUUGCUCAGAGUUCACACCUUAUUGAGCACCAGAGAAUACAUACUAGAGAAAGACCUUAUGUAUGUAGUGAUUGUGGGAAAGCCUUCAUUCACUGCUCUAAUCUUACAGAACAUCAACGAAUCCAUACUGGAGAGAAACCUUACAAGUGUACCGAAUGUGGGAAGGCCUUCUGUCAUAGUUCAGAUCUUAUUCGACACCAGAGAAUUCACACUGGAGAGAGACCCUAUGAAUGUAAAGAAUGCGGAAAAGCCUUCAGUCAGAGUUCACUACUUAUUCGACAUCAGAAAAUUCAUACAGGAGAGAAACCUCAUGAAUGUAAAGAAUGUGGAAAAGCUUUCAUUCGGAGCUCAAGUCUAAUUCGCCACCAGAGAAUUCACACUGGAGAGAGACAAUAUGACUGUUUAGAAUGUGGGAAAGCCUUCCGUCAUAGCUCAGAUCUUAUUGAACAUCAGAGAAUUCAUACUGGAGAAAAACCCUAUGAAUGUAAGGAAUGUGGGAAAGCUUUUGUUCGGAGCUCAAAACUUAUUCAACAUCAGAGAAUUCAUACUGGUGAGAGACCAUAUGUAUGUAAUGAAUGUGGGAAAUCCUUCAGUCAGACUUCAAACUUUAUUCAGCAUCAGAGAAUUCAUACUGGAGAGAAACUCUAUGAAUGUAAUGAAUGUGGGAAAACUUUCUUUUUGAGCUCAUAUCUUAUUCGACAUCAGAGAAUUCAUACUGGAGAGAGACAAUAUGAAUGUAAAGACUGUGGGAAAUCCUUUCUUCACAAAGCUCAUCUUGGUGAACAUGAGAAAAUUCACAGUGGAGAGAAACCAUUUGAAUGUAAAGAUUGUGGGAAAGCUUUCAUCCGGAGCUCAAAGCUCAUUCAGCAUCAGAUAAUUCACACUGGAGAGAGGCCUUAUGUAUGUAAAGAAUGUGGAAAAGCCUUCAGUCGAAGAUCAAAUUUUAUUCAACAUCAGAAAAUUCAUUCUAAAGGGAAACUCUGUAAAUGUACUGAAUGUGGGGAAAGUUUCAAUUCUCCUUCAAGUUUAAGAAAACAUCAAAAAAAUCAUAGUGCCAUGGAUUCCCUUGAUUAAAAAAAAUUCCAGAGAAGCUUUUAAAAUUGAAGACCCAUAAACAUAACUUGUUAAAAGAUUGUCUGAGUGAGUUGAGCAAACUUGAAAGUACUUGAAAAUGAAUGCUGGGUAUUAGAAAGUAUAUAUUUAUAGAUUAGGCAUGGUCCUUACAUCUUUCUGAGCCUGAGGGUUAUGCUUACUCUUUGAGCUAGUCAUUUACUUGAUAUAGUAGGACCAGUUCCCUGGAAUCACACACUUUGGGUCCAGAGAUCUAAUCCAUGUUUUUAAUUUCCAAGUUUUCUUGAGAUUCAAUAAAUUUUUGUUUUUAAGAUCACAGUUAACAUUUCAUAAUUAUAAUUAAGCUGUGAGAGAAAAUAGCCCAUUAAAGGCUGAAAACUAAUUUAAAAAAUCCUACAUGUAGUAAAUACCUCAUUUAUAUACUGUUCUGGUUUUUAUCAAUAGUAUAGUUUGUUGUUGUUUAGUCAUUUCAGUUAUCCAAUUCUUAGUGACCUUAUUUGAGUUUUUCUUAGCAAAGAUACUAGAGUGGUUUGCCAUUUCUUUUUCCAGCUCAUUUUACAGAUGAGGAAACUGAGGUAAUAAACAGGGUUAAGUGACACUUGCCCAUGGUCACACAGCUAGAAAAUAUCUGAGGUUGGAUAUAAACUGGGGUCUUCCUGACUCCAGGGUUGGUACUCUUAUUGUGCUACCUAACUGCCCCAACAGUGAAGUUUAAAAAACUGUUCCCCAGUUUAAUUUAUCAUUCUCUUCAAAGCUAUUCCAUCUCUCCUAGCCUUAUUGGGAAUCAUUCACGGCAAUUGGCUUCCUCUAGAGCUACUGGCAGGAGCUUCAAUUGAAUAUAUUUAUCAUUAACUAAUUAAAACCUUUUUUCCCUUACAACUAAGCUGAAUUAUUACUAGGAUAACAGUACUCCUAGAUCUUAACUUUCUGAUUAUAUUUCUAAUUGACUCAACCAGGGCAAGCAUGGCAGGCUUCCUUUUAUUUUUUUUUUUGAAUAUCAAAAACAACCUAUCAAGAAGCAGGACCAUAAUUUUGGUUUCCUCUACCUAUUCUGCUUUCUGAGGCCUCUUCUAUUGUGACUUAGGACUUUUGGAUUGUAUUAAUGUUUUGUCACGUAGCUAGGAAACUGAUCUGCCCUUCCUGUAUAUGAACUAAUGAGCCAGUUUUAUUUCAUUUUUCAUUUUUAUUUUUUAAAAAUAUUUUUCCAUGGUUACAUGAUUCUUGUUCUCUCCCUCCCCUUUUUUUCUCCCCUCCCGGAGUUGACAAGCAAUUCCACUGGGUUAUACAUGUAUUAUCACUUGAUACCUACUUCCAUAUUAUUAAUUUUUUUUUAAACCCUUACCUUCCGUCUUGGAAUCAAUACUGGGUAUUGGUUCCAAGGCAAAAGAGUGGUAAGGGCUAGGCAAUGGGGGUUAAGUGACUUGCCCAGGGUCACACAGCUAGGAAGUGUCUGAGGCCAGAUUUGAACGUAGGACCUCCCAUCUCUAGGCUUGGCUCUCAAUCCACUGAGCUACACAGCUGCCCCCCAUAUUAUUCAUUUUUAACAAGCCAGUUCUGGACUGAGACAACAUUAUUAUUUCCCCUUUGCUGAAUUAUAUGGGGAUUUUAAUAAAACUUACAGGAAUCCUAGAAAUUUUGGGGAAGCAUGUGAAUUGAGAAGAGAAAAAAUAUUCCUUUCUCGAAAAGUCACCAGUAGUAGAGGUUGGCCUUUUCUAAAUAUGUGAUAGCCUGAAAUCUCAGGACAAGCCUCUCUGAAACCAGAGAAGGUUGAUUGGGGAAGAAGUCACUGUUCCUUCUGUAAGCAUGUAUUUAUUGCCUUCUCAUUGCUCUUUUCUGACCUCUCAGUAGAAGGUUGCUUCCACUUAGCUUCUGUUUUCCCUAGCAUCAUUUUUAGUUAGACAUGGAGCUACCAAUUUUAGCAGUUUAACAUUGUGGAAAUGGACCUUCUCUGUCCCUCAUGUUAUAUGUGAGACUUCUUUUUAAGACUUUUUUUUUCAGUGACAUGUAGAACGAUUUUUGACGAUUGUUAUCUGACAUUUUGUGAUUUAGAUUCUCUCCUCUUCCUCCUCCAUUCCCUCAGGCUUAGUCUGAUGUUAUACCAGUGUUGUCAUGCAACACAUUUCCAUAUUCCUUGUGCCAUGAAAGAAGACACAUAUCCUAAAAGUCUUACAUACUUAGCUUGGACCAUUAUUAGAAACCUUUUCUGCUUGGUUGGAUCUGUUAUACCUUAUACUCUGUAGCAUGACUUUUUUGAACCCAGGAUCUUCAAUGGUGAGGAUACUCAUUUCCUUUCGUGGAUGAGAGGAAGACCUUAAUGGAAGUGACUUCCUUCCUGGCUGCUUGAUAUUUUUUAGAACUUGAUAUGGAUUCUGAAUUUUUACUAUUCCACAUCUUAUUCUUAGAUUACAUAAGAGUUAAAAAGCCUUUAUAGAGCUAAUCUAUAUGGAUGAAUUUGGUUCCCUCAUAAAGAACCAACCAGUUGCUUUCCAAAUUCACUUUUUUUUUUCUCUAGGCCUGGCUCUCAAUCCACUGAGCUGCCCCCUUUGCUUUGCUUCUUAACCUCAUAUAGACAUUGGAAGGCUGGAUGAUCCUUGUUGUUAUAGUAAACCCUCUGUAAGCCUUAGCCCAAAUCUGCUCAGAAGUAAAAUGGACUGUUUCAGAAUGUGGAAAGUUCCUAUUAAUUGGUAUUCCGCAAGGAGAGGCUAGAUAGUGGCCACUUGUCUAGCAGUUUUAAUAAGAGUUUCCUUUUAGGUAUGAGUUGGAUUAGGUGAGGUGGCCACUGAAAAGUGAUCUCCAAAAUGUUGACUUCUAUGAUUCUGUUGUAGGAGAACAGCAAAGAAAGUUUGAACUGCAAAGGUGAAAUCUUUGUGCAUGACCCCAGGUCCCACCCCCAAAUUUAAGAGGCACUUUCUACAAGGUGAUGUGCCAUGGGGGUCUGGGUAGAGUGAGGUGGGAUUGGCACCACUGAAUGAUUGAACCAAAAAGUACUCAUUAAUGCAUCAAUGUCAUUGUUAAGGAAAGAUGCCAGUGGAGUAUGCCAGAGAAUUGUCCUUACCCUAGACAGCUCUGUGGAACAACAAAUGGAGUUCUGAACCUGGAGUCAGGAAGACCCAACAACGAAUCUAGCAUCAGAUAUUUAUUAGCAGUAUGACCUCACAAGUCAGUCUCUACCUCAGUUUCCUUACCUGCAAAGUGGGGAUCUUAAUUUCCAUGAGAGUUUACCGCUUUUACAAAUCUAAACCUAUUCCUAGGAUUGUUGUCAAGAUCAAAUGAGAUAUUUGUAAAGUGCUUAUUAGCACAGUACCUGGACAUACUAGAUAUACUAGACAAUAAAAGCCUUUUUUUUUCUUCCUUUCCCUAUGCCAUUUUCACUAUUUUCAUCAGUAACAUGAGAAAAGGCAUGAAAGGUAUUCUCAAACUUGCAGAUGAUUCCAAGCUAUAAGGGAUAAUUAACAUUCAAUCAUAGAAUCAGGAUCUCCAAGGAUCCUGAGAGUUGGGGAACCUAAGAGUAAAUAUAAAGUCUUAUACUCAGUUUCAAAAAAUCAAAUUUGGAACUGCAAAAUUAGGAAAAGUGGCAAACAAUUGUUUUUAUGAAAAAGAUCUGGGGAUUUUGAUGGAGACCUCUAUCUCAAAAUGAAUCAGCAGCCCUCUUGGGAAGGAUAUAGGUUUGAGGGAUGAGGCCUACAUAUGCCACUAUACUUAUUACAGACAUACUAUGGUAUUGGAUGAUGUUCUUUAAAAACAACAUUGCUGAUAGAGUAUAAUUAAUGUUUCUAAAUGUACUAUACAGUUAUUUAGCCAUUUGCCCAUUUGUAAUCUAAUUCUUGUCAAACUAAAUUGCACUCUUUAAUUUAGUCUGGGUGGGUUUUUGCAGAAAUGAUUAAUAAUGUGGUAGAAGGUGUGAUUAUAGAGCGAGAAAACCCUGAUUUAGAAAGUCAGAAACAUAUUCCUUCUACUUGCUCCCCCAUGAUUAUUACUUUUGCAAAAUCUGAAAACAGACAAAGAAUUUCCAGAACUUUGACCUGAAAAGAUGAAAGCAAAAGGGGGAGGUAUAAAACUUUAUAAAGUCAUAAAAGUUAUAGCUAACAAAAGAAAUCCACUUUUAUAUGCUGCCAAUGCUUUACAUGACCUUCACUUUUUAGACAACUUGGAAGGGUUUUAUAAAUUGAGAUUUUGGAAUUCUUUCAGUUUUCCCUCAAAAUGCCUCAGUGAGCUGCCUUUGGCUCUGUGCUAUUAGACAUUUUCAUCAAAGAUUUGGAUUAAAACAUAAAAGGCAUUGCUGGUGAUAAAAAGCUGGGAAGAAUUGUUAAUGCAUCUGAUACCAAAGAGUUUGAAAGGAUCUAGAAUGAUGGGCUAGAUCCAAUAACACAAGGUUUGGAAAAUUUUUAAACUUUAAAGCUCAAACUGUACAAAGACUUCUGGGACACUCAUGUAUCCUUUUUAAAUCCCAAGUCUUACAAUUGGGAUUUUUUUUUUAAUUAACUGCACAAGUACAAGAUGUGGGAAGGAGGAGGCCUGGCCAAGAUAGUAUGAGCAAAAUCUAAGGUAUUCAAAAGAUUGUAAAUCCACUGUCACCAAUAUUACAUGGAAACUCAAAGCUGUCUUGAGACAUAUGGUAUCCAGAACGAGGAAAGUAGUGCUCACAUCCUCCGCUUUGGUCAGACCACUUCCCAUAACUAUAUAUAGUUUUGGGUGCCUCAUUUUAGGAUAAUGGGGGAAAUGGAGAACAUGAGGAUUGAUUGAAGGAACCACAGCUAAUUAGCACAGAGAAAAGAAGAUAGCUGUCUUCAAGUAUUUGAAGGGCUAUAUGAAAGAUGGAUAAGAUUUGCUGUUGGUACUGUGAACAUAACUAGAAGCAAUGGAGGAAGUUGCAGAAACAUGUAAAGAAAGCUUCCUAAUGAUGUUAUCUAAAAUUUAAAUAAGAUACUUUGGGUGAUUGUAGGCUUCCCCUCAAAGGGGCCUUCAAAGAGAGUAGAUGAAUAUGGGCAUAUUUUAAAGGACAUAUUUAGGCAUAGUUUAACUAGAAGCCCUCAAGUUGUUUUUUUUCCCCUCUAACUUCUGACUUGCAUCAAUAGUGUGCAUAGGUUCCAAGGCAGAAGAGUGAUAAGGGCUGAGCAAUGAUGGUAAAGUGACUUUUCCAGGGCCACACAGCUAGGUCUGAGGUCAAAUUUGAACUCCAAACUUCUAGUCUCUAGGCCUGGCUCAAUCUACUGAGCCAUUAAGCUGCCCCUUGAAAGUUUUUUAAUCCUGAGAUCCUGUAGUAACCAAAACAACAACAAAAAACCCAACAAUACACUAGGAGAGGCUUGGGGUCCAAAAUAAGGGAUGGGGUAAUCUCAUCCUUUGUACUGGUCAGACUUUACAACUGGUAAGUUCAAUUCUGGGUGUUUUUUGUUUGGUUGUUUGUAGGAAAGACUCACAAACUUAAGGGUUUCUUGAGAGCAGAAUUUAGACAGUAAAUUGAUUGAAAGGACAUCAUAUGAAGGUUAGCUGAAGGAAUCAGAGUGGGGAAAGAUCUUAGAAAUCAUCUAGUUCAAUCCCCCCAUCUUGAACAUGAGAAAACUGAGGCCCAAAGAAGAAAAAGGACUUGCCCCAAAUCCCAUAUUUAAAUUCAUUCAUCCCAAAGUCAAACAUUCCUCACCUGGUCGAAACAUUAUGAGACCUAGGAUAUGUGGUAACAUUUUGCAAAAACAUGUUCAGAGACAUAGUUUCAUGUUCUCAUACAGCAUAGUUACUGAGACUUGCCAUAAAAUGACUGGUUGAACAAACAAUAUUUAGCUGACAGUAGGGAAAACUUGGGUGGGACACAAAUAACUGUUUUCAAGAAUUUGAAGGGCUAUCAUAUGAAAGAGCAACUAACUAUAUUUGCUCUGCUUGGGUCUGAGAGGAUAGAGCAUGGAGCAAAGCAAGGAAGUAAACUGAGAAGUGGAUUUGGCUAAAUAAUAGGAAGUACCUUAUAACCAAUACAGGUAACCCUUUCAUAUCCCAGGGGCUGGAGGUGAAGUACCUUCUACAAUCUGGAAAAUCUGUGUAAAAGUUUUUGGACUUCUCUUCAUACUAGAGAAGUCUGAAUUGUUUCUUUUUCUUUUAAGGGGUAUUUACAGUAAAAAGAGAUUGUGUAUAUUUAUGGUAUUAAAAGUUAAAAUAUAUGAUACUAUACAUAUAUUUUAUGCAUUUGAGUUUAAACUUUUUCUGUAUUGUUUGCUGGCCUUUGUAUGUCUCCUGUGACUUUCACAAAAAUCCCCCCAAUUUCCUAUUUAAUUUCUUAUGCCAAUCCUUGAUAUAGCAAAAGAGAUAGGAAAAGUUGUGACAUGGAAGGGAUCUCUGUAGAGCUGUCCCACAGUGGAACUGACAAUCUUAGGGGUGGUAUUAAGUGCUUUAUCAUUUUGGAUUUCAAGCACAGAAUGAAUAACUACAAUAGGGCUCCUGUAUCUGUGGGAGAUAUGUUCCAAGAUCUACCUUGAAUGGCUGAAUCCAAAGAUUUAAGCAAAUACUUGUUGACCCCAUACAUAACAUGAUUUUCUUGAACAUACAUGUGUAUAAUAAAGUUUAAAAUAAAGUACAUUUUACAUUA